UAGCGCCCAUGGAUAGAAAACGACAUACGCCCUGAGCUAUCAAACCAGGCUCACGAAUCUACGGAUACGAAGACUUCUUGUCUUUGCCUCUCUUGAAAAGGGGCAAACGGUAAACUUAACAACAUCAACACCGAUGUGAGCCAAAUAGCUAACAUAACAAACCGAUGGCACAUGCGGCUCCACAGCUUCCGGCAGAGGUCUGGAACCACGUGUUUGGUUAUCUGUCAGCGGCGGACAAGUUUAGCGUCCGGGCAUCCUGCAAGUAUUUCAAAAAACUCGUUGACCACGGAUCUCUCUGGAAAGACUGGUACCCACCCACCCCAGGUCCCUUAAGAGGAGGAGCAGGUGACCUGGUCUUGUCCACUUUGGAGCUCAUUGACUGCACGGAUCAUUCAUUACCAGAAGAUGCAAUGAGUCUGAUGCCUGGCCUGAAGAGUCUUGCUGUUUUCUACAAGCAGGAGGUGUCAGACAGACAGCUUAAUGGUUGUCACCUGAAAACGUGGCUGAGUGACCUCCCUCAACUGUUAAAGCUGGUUGUUGUCAAAGGCCCACCUGUUAGGACGUACGCCCCCUCCAUUCCAGCCACACUAACCAGUCUCACACUGUGUGUUGCAGGAUUGUCCUCAGAGGACAUGGCAGCUGUUGCAGUGCAGGUACCAAAUCUCCUGCAUCUUCACAUAGACCCCUGGCCCUCACAUUUGGGCCCUCUCACAGGUCAAAUCCCACGACUCUUUCCAAAGCUCAAAAGCCUCAAACUCCGCCGCGAGCAUGUCCCAGAGACAGAUUUCUUACAUCUUCACCAGCUGCAGGACCUGGAGUACUUGGAGAUUCUGGAUAGCUGCCCACACCUCUCUGAGCUCACUGGCAAGCUCCGAGCUCUCACAAAGUACAGACUUCAGGUCACGACCUCUCGUCCCAGGAGAGAUGUGUUGUCUUGUCCCUGUGUUUCUCAGGUGUAUUGAAUUACGGACUGUUGCCAUAUUGUUGUUUGAACCUGUUGGGGUCAAACUAAUGUCUGAGGUUUUGAUUUUCAAAACAAUUUGAACAUGCCUUUACUUCAAAAUCAUACACUGAGCUUUAUCACAUAGUUAAUUUCAUUCUCAGCCUGAUUUGGGCAUCUGUAGUGCCUUGUCAUAUUCUUCAAUGUUAACCUAAAUCAGUGGUUCCCAACCUGGGGGGUUAACCUCUGAUGAAGGGGCACAAAAUAGAAAUAAAUGCAAGGGGUCAUGAGAUAAUUAAGAUAGGAAAGCAAAAAUAGCACAUUUAUGCUACACAAAAGUAUGAUAAUUUGUUCAGGUUUUUAUCUUAUCUUUGUUUUUGUUUUUUGUAAAUUACUUGAUCAAGUAAGCAUCCCUUUAUUUCAAGGGAUCAUAAACCAAAAGGUUGUGAAUAGGGAUGUCAAAGUUAACGCAAUAAUAACACGUUAACGCAAAUUCGUUUCAACGCCACUAAUUUCUUUAAAGCAACU